UUUCAGGCAUAAACUUUUAAAACGUUGUGCAGUAGGACCCAAUCGACCUCCCGCAAUAUCUCAACCAGGGUUCAGUGCAGGACCAUCAUCAUCUUCAUCUUUACCACCUCCUGCGUCUAAGCACAAAACAACAGAAAGACCGGAAAAGGGAGACAAACUGCAAAAGAGACCCUUGAUACCAUUUCACCAUAGGCCCUCUGUGGCUGACGAGUUCUGUAUGGAGCAGGAUACACCAGGACAGAAGCUAGGGUUGGCAGGGAUAGACUCCUCCUUAGAGGUGUCUAGCAGUAGGAAGUAUGAUAAACAAAUGGCCGUGCCUUCCAGAAAUACAAGCAAGCAAAUGAAUCUGAAUCCUAUGGAUUCACCUCAUUCCCCUAUUUCCCCUCUGCCGCCAACACUCAGCCCUCAACCACGAGGUCAGGAAACAGAGAGUUUGGACCCGCCAUCUGUCCCUGUGAACCCAGCUCUCUAUGGAAAUGGGCUUGAACUCCAGCAGUUGUCGACUCUGGAUGACAGAACUGUCCUCGUAGGCCAAAGACUGCCUCUGAUGGCAGAGGUCAGCGAGACGGCCUUAUACUGUGGGCUCAGGCCCUCGAACCCCGAGUCGUCAGACACGUGGUGGCACCGUUACCGCCUCCCCCCCAUUGAGGAUGCUGAGUUCCGGCCCCCAGAGCUCCAGGGCGACAGAUGUGAUGCCAAAAUGGAGGUAAACUCAGAGAGCACUGCGUUGCAAAGACUCUUAGCACAACCUAACAAACGGUUUAAAAUCUGGCAAGAAAAGCCACCCCAGAUGCAGCCACUCCACUUCCUUGAGCCAUUGCCUCUAGCUCAACAACCUGGAGACAGUUUGGGAGAAGUCAAUGAUCCAUAUACCUUUGAGGAUGGCGACAUAAAAUACAUCUUUACAGCAAACAAGAAAUGCAAACAAGGGACGGAGAAAGAUUCCCUGAAAAAGAAUAAGUCAGAGGAUGGAUUUGGUACCAAGGAUGUCACUACACCAGGUCAUUCCACGCCGGUGCCUGAUGGGAAAAAUGCCAUGUCUAUUUUCAGUUCUGCUACUAAAACAGAUGUCCGGCAGGAUAAUGCUGCUGGCAGAGCUGGCUCCAGUAGCCUUACACAGGUGACGGACCUGGCACCUUCCCUGCAUGACUUAGACAACAUCUUUGACAAUUCCGAUGAUGACGAACUUGGGGCUGUAUCACCUGCGCUGCGUUCAUCAAAAAUGCCUGCAGUUGGGGCAGAAGACCGACCUCUUGGGAAGGAUGGAAGAGCUGCUGUUCCUUACCCACCAACAGUUGCAGACUUGCAAAGGAUGUUCCCCACUCCUCCUUCCUUGGAACAGCACCCUGCAUUUUCUCCUGUAAUGAAUUAUAAAGAUGGAAUCAGUUCAGAGACAGUGACAGCAUUAGGCAUGAUGGAGAGCCCUAUGGUCAGUAUGGUUUCAACACAGCUCACUGAAUUCAAAAUGGAAGUAGAAGAUGGAUUAGGAAGUCCCAAGCCAGAGGAAGUAAAGGACUUUUCAUAUGUGCACAAAGUUCCAGCCUUUCAGCCUUUUGUGGGAUCCUCCAUGUUUGCUCCACUGAAGAUGUUGCCGAGCCAAUGCCUGCUACCUCUGAAGAUCCCUGACGCCUGUCUGUUUCGGCCUUCGUGGGCAAUCCCUCCGAAAAUUGAACAACUGCCCAUGCCGCCUGCAGCCAUUUUCAAUAGAGAUGGCUACAAUAAUGUGCCUAGUGUCGGGAGCCUAGCAGACCCAGACUACCUGAAUACACCACAGAUGAACACUCCGGUGACGCUGAACAGCGCUGCCCCAGCCAGCAACAGUGGAGCAGGAGUUUUGCCAUCUCCAGCAACCCCUCGCUUCUCUGUCCCCACACCACGAACCCCCAGGACCCCAAGAACUCCCAGAGGUGGGGGCACUGCCAGUGGGCAAGGGUCGGUUAAAUAUGAUAGCACCGAUCAGGGGUCACCAGCCUCCACCCCCUCUACCACGCGGCCCCUUAACUCUGUGGAGCCUGCCACCAUGCAGCCCAUUCCUGAGGCCCACAGUCUCUACGUCACCCUGAUUCUCUCAGAUUCUGUGAUGAAUAUCUUUAAGGACAGAAACUUCGACAGCUGUUGCAUCUGUGCCUGCAACAUGAACAUCAAAGGGGCCGACGUCGGGCUCUACAUCCCCGAUUCUUCCAACGAGGACCAGUAUCGCUGUACCUGUGGGUUUAGUGCGAUCAUGAAUCGCAAACUUGGCUACAAUUCGGGACUCUUCCUGGAAGAUGAGUUGGAUAUUUUUGGGAAGAAUUCUGAUAUUGGUCAGGCUGCGGAGAGGCGCUUAAUGAUGUGUCAGACUACCUUCCUCCCUCAGAUGGAGGGAGCCAGAAAGUCCCAGGAGCCGCCUAUAAGCCUCCUCCUCCUCCUCCAGAAUCAACAUACACAACCUUUUGCUUCUCUGAGUUUCCUGGACUACAUUUCCUCUAACAGUCGCCAGACUCUUCCCUGUGUAAGCUGGAGUUAUGACCGGGUGCAAGCAGAUAACAACGAUUACUGGACGGAAUGCUUUAAUGCCUUGGAGCAGGGCCGCCAGUAUGUGGAUAAUCCCACGGGUGGAAAAGUAGAUGAAGCUCUGGUGAGAAGUGCCACUGUGCACGCUUGGCCUCACAGCAAUGUGCUAGACAUCAGCAUGCUCUCCUCCCAAGAUGUGGUCCGCAUGCUGUUGUCACUGCAGCCCUUUCUCCAAGAUGCCAUCCAAAAGAAGCGCACGGGCAGGACCUGGGAGAACAUACAGCAUGUGCAGGGACCACUGACCUGGCAGCAGUUCCACAAAAUGGCAGGACGGGGAACCUAUGGUUCAGAAGAAUCUCCUGAGCCGUUGCCCAUUCCCACUCUGCUGGUAGGCUAUGACAAAGACUUCCUCACCAUCUCACCAUUCUCUUUGCCAUUUUGGGAGAGGCUGUUGUUGGACCCAUAUGGGGGCCACCGUGAUGUUGCCUAUAUUGUGGUGUGUCCAGAAAAUGAGGCCUUGCUCGAAGGAGCCAAAACUUUUUUCAGGGACUUGAGCGCCGUAUAUGAGGUGAGAAUGACAUGAAAAUCAUUUUUGUGAUUUGAGUCCUCAGAUUGUUUCUAGCUAUGAC